AUGUUGCCUUCCCUCGUCGUGUUUCCCGCUCCGUUGCCCAGUCCGCCACCCGUCUCUGCCGUGAUAAUGUCCCACCCGUUCAAGCACAGUCCCGCCUCGGAGGCCACCGCCGUCGGCUGGGACGGCGGCCAUGCCGGCCACCCGCUCGACAAGAGCGAGUCGCAGAGCGAGGUGCUCACGCUCGACCACUUCAGCGACGAGGAGCAGCGCGCGCUCGUGCGCAAGGCCGACCUGCGCCUCAUCCUGCCGAUGACCUUCGGCUUUGCGAUGUCGCUGCUCGACCGAGUCAACCUCGGUGCCGCGUACGUGGCCGGCGCCGGCUACAAGCUGCGCCUGUACAAGGACAAUCGCUACACGCUCGUGCUCAUUGCUUUCUUCAUCCCAUACGUCUGCUUCGAGAUCCCUGCUGCGCUGCUCUUCCGCCGCGUCGGCGCGCGACUGUGGCUCAGCGGCCUCUGCUUCUGCUGGGGCUGCGUCAUGAUCGGCCAGGGCUUCGUCACCACAUACCAGCAGCUCGCCGUCACGCGAGCGCUCACCGGCCUGUUUGAGGCCGGCUUCCUGCCAUGCGCCAUUUGGACGAUCAGCGGCUUCUAUAACCGCCGCGAGAUCGGCAAGCGCAUGAGCUUCUUCUACCUGGGCUCGGUCCUGAUGGCUGCCUUCAGCAGCAUCCUCGCUGCCGCCUUCCAUAAGACUCCCGCCACUGGCCGCAUCCAGGGCUGGGGCUGGAUCUUCGUCUGGUCCGGCCUGCUGACGGUGCUGAGCGCCGUGCCGAUUCUCCUCUUCACCAGCGACCUGCACCGCGCGCCGUGGCUGUCGAAGCGCGAGAAGGAGCUCGUGCUUGCUCGCACCGUCGCUGAGCGCGGCGAGGCAGCGGCUGAUCCGCUGACCCUGGCCAAGGCUGGCAAGUACCUGCUCGACCCUAUCCUCUGGGGCUACUCGCUCCUCUUCCUGUGCGCUGCCAUGCCCACAUAUGCUCUGGCCUACUUCCUCACCCUCAUUAUCCGCGACCUGGGCUACAAGGGCGACAAGGCCCUGCUGAUGAGCGCGCCGCCGUUUGUCUGCGCCUGCGCGUUUGCCUUCACGGCCAGCUUCGUCGCCGACCGGCUGAACAAGCGUGGCAGCUUCGUCAUGCUCGGCAACGCCAUCACCAUGGCGGGCAUGGUCAUGCUCAAGGUCGGCAACAGCAAGGUCAAGUACGGCGGCACCUUCCUGGCCGUCAUGGGCUCCAGCGUGUGCGUCACGGCGGCGCUCGCAUUCCAAGGCAGCAACUGCCCGGCUCCGUCGAAGAAGGGCCUUGCCUCCGCACUCCUCGUCAUGGGCGGCGCAUGCGGCGGCAUCAUCGCCUCGACGACGUUCCGCUCGGCCGACGCGCCGGGCUAA